GAUGAGUCUUUAACAUGGAGAGAAACAUUUGAUAGGCUGAAUUUGUUGUGUUUUUGUGUAUGUGUGUUUUCUGUGCGAUUCCUCUUCUGUAAUUCGGUCUGUUUAAGUCAAGAUCUGGUCUGGUCUGACAGCUGCUCACCUGGGUCCCUAACCCUCGUUGCCAGGGAUACCUCUCCAUGGAGACAUAGUCCCAAGGGCAGAGGAGGGUUUUGGAGAGCGCAGACCCUCACCUUGAUGGAGCAGCAAGUCAGAGGAGAGGAUGACGAGGUGGUGGUAACAGGGAGAUAAGAGUGAGGGUCACCUUUGGAAGAACCAGUGGACUGGAAACCAACACACCAAGGACUUGGAUGAAGAGAAAGCUCACUUGUCAGGAUGGGCUAUGAUCUUGAGAGGUUUUUGGGUUAUGUGAAUGAGGGCCUGCUGUGCUGUGUGUGUCGAGAUGUGCUGGAGCGCCCCCUCCAGGCGCCUUGUGAGCAUGCUUAUUGCAGCACAUGCAUCAGCAACUGGCUGGUCCAUCACCACUCCUGUCCAGAGGACAGACUCCCACUGGAUGUGUGUAAUCUCAAACCCUUGUACAGGUACAUGCGUAAUGACCUGAACCGCCUUCAGAUCCGGUGUGUGAAUGCAGCUCGGGGAUGUGAUGUGGUCUGUUCCCUGGAGAGCCUGCACACACAUGAGGAAGAGUGUGAGUUUGCCUUCAUGUCCUGCUCUAACAUAGGUUGUCCUGUACAGGUGGAGAGGCGGGGUUUGGAGGCCCACAUGUCAGAAUGUAAUUUCCGCAGCAGAGUGUGUCCCAAUGGCUGCGGCCACACUCUCCUCUCCGCUGAUCAGUCUCAACAUAACUGUGUGGCAGAGCUACGCACUGAAGUGGAGAUUCUCAGGGCUGAGAUGCUGUGCAAGUUAGAGGAGGUGAGACGAGAGAUGGAGUCGCGGUUGGACUCACAGAGGAGACACAUGGUGCAGAAAGAGUCGCAGCUGAAGAGCGAGGUGGAGGAGCUCAAGGGCCAGCUGUCACGUGUGAUGUGUGACAUGCGAGCUCUGUUGGGAGCAGAGCGUCUGAGGAGACAGGAGUUGGCGGAAGCAGAGCUGGAAAAGAGAGAACUGUUGGAGCUCCUCAGAGACCUGCAGCCGCACAAGAGUCAGCAUCCUGUUGACCAAACAGCCAGAGACCAGCAUCAAGGAGCAUCGACAUCCCAGCGGGAGCAACACACCAAGCCAACAAGACCCCAACAGAGGGAGGCGUCCUUACAUACUUUGAGUCUGUCUCUACAUUCAGCUCAGGCAAUAAAUGAAUCAGGUCCACCUCCAUCACCGCAGCUGGGCGAGGGGGGACGCAAAGGUGGUACCCGGAGUUUGACACUGGACUGCAUCAAGAGGAAGAGCCGGGAGGUGACGGUCAUCUGAGCAAAGUGGACUGUUUAGAUAUUAGCCAGUUUAGAAAAUAACAGAUAUCUGUUU